AUAUCGCACUAGUUUCGUUUACUCCUCUCGUUGACUUCUUGAAUUUAAAAAUAAUGACGCAAUACCGCGGCUUUUGAAAAAGUGGAAAAUGGCUGGGCCCUUGUCGCGUGUAAUAUCGAGAAUUCUCGAUAAAAAUCGGAUAUCCUACCGAAAAUCGACAGUGGUAUCUACGUACCCUGGAUUAUUUCAGAAUAAAAAUGCAAAAUUCAGCAGCGAUAGUGGAAAAACCGAGGGAAAAUGGAAAAAAAUAAAUCUAACCUUCGCUCUGACAUCGGGGGGUGCCGUCUGCGUUGGUUAUCUACUCUACACCUGGAGGAGUCAACUCCUGGAGUUCCUGGGAGCGUAUCACCCUGAUUUAUCAAUUAUCCCGAGUGUUUACGCGAGUAAAAAUUUUUUAAUCACCCAUAUCAGUGAAAACCGGGAAAAAUACAAUUUCAUAGCGGACGUUGUCGAGGUGUCCGCGCCAUCUGUCGUCUACAUCGAGAUCAAGGACCAGAAGAGGAUGGAUUUUUUCUCAGGUAAACCAGCAACGACCAGCAAUGGAUCGGGCUUCAUCGUCUCCUCGGACGGAUUAAUCCUGACAAAUGCUCAUGUGGUUGUUAAUAGGCCUAAUACCCUAGUUAAGGUAAACGUGAGAUUGCAGGAUGGCUCGACUUACACUGGAGUCGUGGAAGACGUCGAUAUGCAGAGCGAUUUGGCGACUGUUCGAAUAAAUAAGACGAACUUACCUGUAAUGAAACUCGGCAGUUCUUCAAAUAUACGCCCGGGUGAAUUUGUGGUUGCAAUUGGAUCUCCCCUGGCCCUGAGUAACACAAUAACCAGUGGAGUUGUCAGCAGCGUCAAUAGACAGAGCGCCGAAUUAGGUUUACACCAUAAACAAAUGGGUUACAUCCAGACAGACGCGGCAAUCACAUUCGGUAAUUCGGGUGGUCCUCUGGUGAAUCUGAGUGGUGAAGCCAUUGGUAUAAAUGCAAUGAAGGUCACCGCUGGUAUCUCAUUCGCGAUACCAAUCGAUUAUGCUAAGGAAUUCCUGAAGAAAGCGGAAGCCAGGCGAAACAGCUCUGGAAUUAAAAAUACGAGUGAACUGACGAAGAGACGUUACAUGGGUAUAACAAUGCUGACUCUCACGCCGGAUAUUCUCUUUGAACUCCAGCAGAGGAAUAAUAAUAUACCACCGAGUGUCAGACACGGGGUUUUAGUGUGGAAAGUUAUGCUAGGAUCGCCAGCCUAUAUCCACGGCCUGAAAGCCGGCGACAUCCUGACCCACGUAAAUGGCGAGGCUAUUGUGUCAGCAUCGAGUAUUUACAAAGUUCUGGAGAAUCCUGGUUCACUCAUCGUGACGGUCCACCGAAAUGGCCAAAUUUUCGAUCUGCGAAUUGAGCCAGAGGAGCUGUAAAAUUCCCACAUCACUCUCGGUACUGUGAAAAUGUUAAAUUUAUUCUAAACAUUAAAUACACGUUGGGUGUGGCCUCAAUAGAGUCCUCAUUCUUAAUCCUCACGAUGAUCCACCUAUGUUACCAUAACAUUCAGUGAGAGGAUAGAAAAUAAAUGUAGAAAUGAUAAAACGA